GCCGCUGGGAGCGCCAUGGCGGAGCCUGACGGUGCGGGCCGGGAGGAGCUCGGGGCCGGCGCCGCGCAGGAGCCGCCGCCCGCGGCCCCGUCCCCGUCCCCCGAUGGUCCGGCCAUGGCCGCGGAGGAGCCGGCGGCCGGAGCAGGGGAGGCCGGACCGGGAGAGGCCGGAGCGGGCGGCGAGCCCAAGGGGGACGGGCUGGACGGAGAGGUGAGGAGCGCGGAGAGGGAGGUGGGGGACGGGGAGGACCCCAGCCUGCAGCAGGCAGCGGCGAAGAAGGUGAAGCUGGAGCUGAAGGAGAGGAAGGAGAAGAAGCACAAGGUGGACGAGGACGAGAUCCAGAAAAUGCAAAUACUGGUCUCUUCCUUUUCUGAAGAACAGCUGAACCGUUAUGAGAUGUACCGGCGCUCUGCUUUCCCCAAAGCUGCCAUUAAACGGCUGAUCCAGUCCAUCACCGGCACCUCCGUCUCUCAGAAUGUGGUUAUCGCCAUGUCCGGCAUUUCCAAGGUCUUUGUUGGGGAGGUGGUGGAGGAAGCACUGGACGUGUGUGAGAAGUGGGGGGAGCUGCCACCCCUGCAGCCCAAACACAUGCGGGAAGCGGUCAGGAGGCUGAAGGCACGAGGACAGAUCCCCAACUCCAAAUACAAAAAGAUCAUCUUCCACUGAAGUGUCCUAAGAGCAGCAAGAGAAGACAGAAAUGGAAACAAGCUUCGUGUUAACCUCACAAGAGCCACAGCAGAGCUAUGGGACUGGAGCUCCUGCAGGAGUGUUUUGGAGAGCCUUGAGGGACUGCAGGGAGUCUUCAGGCCAUUGCUGCUGCAGUCUGGCAUGGGAUUGGAGCCACAUCCCUGACCUGGAGCCUUGAGCACCUCUGCUUCAGCAGAGCAGGGGCAGGAACAUUCAAGGCCUUCAGUGCCUUUUUACCCCCCAGGAUCCUACUUUCUGCUGGCACAGAUGUAGAGCUGUCCACAUACAGCAGUGUCUGGGUUUGUACAUUAAACUUAUUACUGUGUUCUCAGUCUU